CGUCUGUGUUUCUGGCCGGAAAGUUUAAAAGACGAACCAAACACCACUACACGUUUAUUUUCUGUUUUAUUCUGUUUAGUUGAACUCAGCUGUUUGUUAAAACGUUACGGACUUAAAGCGGUUUGAAACAGAACAGAUUCACCUGAAGGACGGAACCAAAAGAGACGCUGUCAGCCGUUUGUCUGCAGCGAUGCUCCUGGUGGAUCCCGGUCUCUUCAUCGGCACUGCAGCCGACCUCAACGACAUCCAGGCCUUAAGGAACGCUGGCGUCUCUCACGUCCUGUCGGUGGACUCUGCAGAUCCUGGACCUCUGCUGCCUGCUGAUGGAGGAUUCUGCAGGAAGUGGAUCAACGUUUUGGACGAAGCGACGUCUGACCUGCUGAGUCACAUGGACGACUGCUUCCUGUUCCUUCAGGAGGCUGUGGAUGGAGGCCGGGCGGCUCUGGUUCACUGUCAGGCUGGUCGGAGUCGCAGUGCUGCCAUGGUAACGGCUUAUCUGAUGAAGAAACACCAGCUGGGCUUCACUGAGGCUUAUAACAGACUGAAGAGUGUCAAACAGGACAUACAGGUCAACAGAGGCUUUGAGGAGCAGCUCUGUCUCUAUGAGGAGAUGCAGUGUAAAGUAGAUUCAUCCAGUCCUCUGUACAAACAGUACAGGCUGACCAAGAUCACUGAGAAAUAUCCCGAGCUGCAGCAGGUUCCCAGGGAGGUGUUUGCCGUCGACCCGGCCCAGUCCAGCUCCUCUGAAGUGUCCUACAGGUGCAGGAAGUGCAGACGGACUCUGUUCCGUGACUCCAGUGUUCUCAGUCAUCCAGUAGGAGACGGAGCUUCAGCCUUCAGUCACAAAAAGUCCACUAACCUCACUGGAGACGUCCAGUGUACGUCGUACUUCAUAGAGCCGGUCCAGUGGAUGGAACAAGCCUUACUGGGAGUGAUGGAUGGACAGCUGUUGUGUCCUAAGUGCAGCUCUAAGCUCGGCUCGUUCAGCUGGUGUGGAGAUCAGUGCUCAUGCGGCCGCUGGGUGACUCCCGCCUUCCAGCUGCAUCGAAACAGAGUCGACGAGAUCCGACAGCUGAACAUACAGAAGUAGCACAACAUAAACACACAGCAACGGGUCCUGCAGGCUGCAACAAGGAUGACACACAAACACACAGUCAAAACUCAUGAGCUGUAAUCAAGUGAUCCGAUUCAGAAAUAGUGACUUGAAAUCUGAACUUUUUUAAUAUGUAUCAGACACAGCAAUAAAAUCACCUCAUUACAAUGUAAAUGUUCUGCAGGAAAGCCUUCUGGAAGUCACAUGGAUGUUACACAGCAAUACUUCCCACCACAAUAAAAGCUCCAAACUCCAGUGUCAAUCUGACUGAGCACCUGUUGGAUGGACUCGACCAAACCAGUCAACUGCCAACGUCUAAUUAUCACAAACCACAGGUCAGAGGUGUUUAACGUGCAUUUUCCAGUGGUGUCCAACAUGCCGCCCUCAAAGUGUAAAAAUUACAGAGAAGACAUUAGCUGCAAUUUGUAAAUUUGUAAAACGAGGGUUUUGAAAUAAUUUCUCGACAAUGACGAGUUGUUUUGAUCAUAAAGUAAAAUACUAGAUUGUUCUUUCAUAGUUUGGUGUCUCAUUUUUGGAAUAUUUUGUCUCGUUUUUGUUUUUUCUCUGACUUUUUUCGUUUGUCUCAUGUUUCUGUCAUUUUGUGUUUCGCUUUAUUUGUCGUUUUGCGUAUCAUUUUGCCUCGCAUCUGUUUGUUUUGUCAUUUUGUUUCUCGCCUUUGUUAUUUCUGGUCUCAUUUGUGUAAUUUUUUCUCUCAUUUUUGCCGCUUUGUAACUUUUUUUGUCUCUAUUUUGUUACAUGUCCUUUGUCUCAUUUUUUUGUUGUUUUGUUUCUCGUUUUUGUAAUAUUUUGUCUUGCUUUUGUUGUUUUUUGUCUUUUUUGUUGUCUCGAUCAUAAAGUCACACUACAUCAUUCAGUUCCAGAUACCUGUUUUUGUUGAAGUUGAACUUAUAAUUCUUCAGAAAUUUCAGGUUGUUCAUAAUAUUUUGUAAAAAGAUAAUUCCUUAAAUGUGAACAUUUUCAGAAUGAGUAUUUUUGCACUAAAAGAAAAACACUGGAGUUGUGGUUAUUUAUCGGUUAUUGUGCUGUGAUUUUACUGGUCACUGGAGAUCAGAUUGGGCUGAGUGUGGAACCUGAACUAAGAUGAGUUUAACAAUCCUGCUCUAGAAGAACCUACACGUCAUUAUUUAGGUGGUUUUAAUGUUGUGGCUGAUCUGUAAAUAAAAGAAUCAUUUGAGACGUA